AUAAAAUUAAAAUAUGGCAAGGAUAAUCUUGAAUUUUCAAAACAGCUUUUCGCAGGAGGUCCAAAUCGGAGCUUCUACUUUUAUGUUAUACAAAAGUGAUUUUCAACUUUUCAAAAACCGAGCUUUUAGAGGUGUUUGGCCCUGCUUCACCUUUUAAAGCCGAAAAGCACUUCUAAAAGCCGGGCCAAACAUAGGGAUUAGAGGAAUCGUACGUUUAAGAGAAAAUGAAUCUCCUUGAUUGAUCUCGUGAUAAAUUUAAGACGAAAGGUAACCACACGAAAUUUAUGAGGGUAAAAGUAAUAAGAGGUGUAAAAAAGGGAAAAGAUCACCAAAACGCUGCGUAUUGAUCCCCCUCCCUCCAUUCCCGCCAUCAACUAAAAUUAGUCAAAACAAAAAAUAGCCGGAUCCCUUGGAGUAAUAAAAGCAAGAAAGAACGGGACCACACCAACAGACGCGCGAUUUCCUCCGCCGUAUCGGCUGCCGCGAAUUCUCAUCUUGUCAGAUUAUCUCACCGGAGACCCGAUCAGAAACCAGAGAUUCGAAUCCGGAUUAAAAUAAAAACGAAGUAGUACCGAAUCCUUCUCUGGUUUCCUUCAAUCGCCACAAUGGCCGCCAUCGUAGUACGGAUCUUUCUGAUUUCAAUCCUCUGCCUGAUCGGCCUCGCCUCCGCCGCCCAAUCAGUCAUACGAAUGCCCAGCGACCGAACGGCCGGCGAGACGGACAGUUUCUGCAACAGCUGGAGGCUAUCGGUGGAGACGAACAACGCGGGGUUGUGGUCGACGCCGGAGGGAUGCCUGGGGUACCGAGUGGAUUACUUCACGGGAGUCCAGUACGCUUCGGAUUUGACGGUCGUGGCGUCGGAUUCGAUCGCGUUCGCCAGGAGCGUGACGCCCGCCGGGGACGGGAAGGACGGCUGGGUUUUCGACGUCGACGAGACUCUGCUCUCCAACCUACCGUUCUACGAGAAGUUCGGAUACAGCGCCGAGUCGUUCAACGAGGAAUUGUGGAACGAGUGGGUGAAUUCGACGGCGGCAGAAGCACUGCCGGAGAGCCUGGGGUUGUACAGGGAGCUGAAAGAGCUAGGGUUCACAGUGUUCAUCCUGACAGGACGUGACGAAUUUCAGAGGAAUGCAACCACAGCCAACCUCCUGGCCGCAGGUUUCAGGGAUUGGGAAAAGCUAAUCCUGAGGGGGAAAUCCGAUCGAGGGAAGCGAGCAGUGGUGUACAAAUCGGAGAAGAGGCAAGAGCUGGUGGAUCAAGGGUACAGGAUUCAUGGCAACUCUGGCGAUCAAUGGAGUGAUUUGUUAGGCUACGCCAUGGCGGUGAGGUCCUUCAAGUACCCUAAUCCAUUGUACUACAUUGCCUAGUUCCUCUGCUGCUGCAUAUAUAACGUAGCAUAACAACCAACGACGGAAUGGCGGCGGCCUGAUCUGCAGCCUCUCGUCAUUCCUUCUUUUUUUUUUUUUUUUUUAUGUAUUAGGGUUCGUAGCAGGAAAUCCUUUACAGAAGUUAGCACAGAUUUGACAUUUUUUUGGUCUUGGAUCUUCUGUAGUGGUAAAUAUUGUAAUCUGAGCGGCCUUUUGUGUUCUUCUAUCAAAAUGUACUGUACAUAGUGGUUUUAUUACAUCAUUAUAACUUGACUUAUUGUGUAAAAUUAACAGUUUUUUUAGACGUUUCAUCAACUUAGCUUUACUAUGCAAGUGGCUGAUCGAGUCUCCAUGGAUGCAUAUUAUGCAAGAGGCGAAGGUGUUCUGGUCUUCUCAAGGUAUAUCUGCUCAAUAAAUGAAUUUUUUUUUUCCAUGAACAAUAUUGUUUCAUUUUCUCCAUCCAUGUGAAUCAAGAUUGAUCUUAAUCUUAGAUUAGUUCAAGUCCCCUCCAACUGAUGAGACAUGGCUGGUUCGUUUCUUACAUACGUCACCCUCAAUUUGAUCGACCAACAACUAUAUAAUGAACCAACAUUGGCUCACAAAUUUCAUGCAUGAACAACUAUUGGAUUGCGCUCCACCCUUCAAAUUCCACGAGCAAAAAUUAAUUUGAUGUUUUAGUAUACAUAUCGAAAGAUCCAAGAUUGGUUCAGUCUAUAAUGGUUCGGGUCGUUUGGAUGGAUGAAUCUAGAAAUGAGUCGAUUUGAUCAAUUGUCUCGUUUUAUAAACGAAACAAUUAAAACAAGUCAAUUUGAAUUACCUGCCCCCAUCCCAGAUAAUUGAAAUUGACUCAAAACGGAUCAAUUCAAAAUACCUCAGGCAGAUUGAUCCAUCCAAAUUUUUGCUGGCAAACGAGGCAAUUUGGUACAAUUAUCUCAAAACGAGACAAUUGUAUCAAAUUGAUCUGUUACAAUUCCUCACCCAAACGACCCCUCGCAAACUAAGAUUGGUACAUCACCUUUUAUUUGUCGAAAUACAUGUAUCGCCAACAGGUUUGUUCGCUUGCAAAGGAUUCCCGAGAGCCACAACAAGAAAUGUGAUUGUUGUCGCAAAAUUUGCUUCGUUCAAUAAUCGCAAACAAGAGGAAAACCAAUGAACCCUAAUUUUUUUUAAUUCAUGAAAUGUCCACAUAAAUACCCUACUCACUAGCUAGUGUCGAUUACCCUAGGUGACCUUAUUGAACUCUGAAUCACCUUUGGUCACUUCGAACACCCCCGGGGUCUAUUCAGGGUCACCACGGGUCACUACAACCAUCACUGGGUUGAUCACAUCGGGCACCUUCGGUCACCAUCCCCAAGGUCAAUCCCCCGGGUCACCAUGGGUCACUCCGGCCACCCUCGAGUUCAAUCCCCCUAGGUUACCAUGGGUCACUCCGCCCAUCACCUCGUCGAUCACCCCCAGGUCAUCUUAGGUGACUCCAGUCACCCCAGGACCAACCACCCCAAGUCACAUUGGGCACACUUGGGGUCACCCCGACCAACCUUUGGUUCAGUCACCUAGAUCACCCAUUGACAUUUCUGGGGUCACUCCAGCCAACACAAGGAUCAAUCACCCAGGUCGAUUCGACCACCGCCAGGGUCGAUCAUCCUAGGUCACCUUGGGUCACUCUGACCAACCCUGAAAUCAAUUACCUUAAUUCACCUUGAGCACUCCUGGGAUCAUCCGGCCAACCCCAUGGUCAAUCACCUUGAGUCACCUUGGUCACCCCUAGGGUCAUCUCGUUCAAAUAUGAGGUCAUUAAUCUAAGGUCAAGGAGAGAUGAUAACUCCAUGAGAUGUGGUGUAUGGAUAUUUGGAGAGAGAAGGCAUCGUCGGUCGAAGACUUCUCUGAUUUAAGCUAGAGAGACCAGUGCAGAAGAGAGCUUACAAGGAGAGAGAGAGAGAGAGGAGCGCGAAGGUGGGAGGGGUAGGGGGCGAAAUACAAAAGAUUGUAGAAG